GUGAGGAAAGAGAAGAUGGGGGACAGAAUCACUGCGCUCCAACAACUGGUCUCACCUUUCGGAAAGACUGAUACCGCUUCAGUGCUGUCUGAAGCCAUUGAAUACAUAAAGUUCCUCCAUGAACAAGUCAGUGUAUUGAGCACUCCAUAUUUGAAGAGCGGUGUUGCAGUACAGCAGCAGCAGCAGCAGAAAUGGUGUGAGAAAAGGAAGGAAGGAGAAGGAAAAGAAGAGGAUCUAAGAAGCAGAGGGCUUUGUUUAGUUCCAGUUUCAAGUACAUUUCCGGUGACCCACGAAACCACCGUCGAUUUCUGGACUCCAAGUUUCGGAGGAACCUUCCGAUAAGACACCAAACCCCCUUCUUAUUNUUCUUCUUCUUAUUAUCAUUAUUAUUAUUAAUACUCAAUUAAAACUAGUACAUAUCUUAUCAUAACCCUUCAUACCAACAUUAUUAUCAUUAUUAUUCCUGGAUUUUGAUAAGAUCACCGGGGGAAUGCACCCACUAUUCUCCUCAUUACUGUACUAGUUCUUCCUCAAACACAUAUAUAAUAUCUAUAUUUCUCUUUUUUUUA